CUUUCCAUCGAAUAUCAAAGCAGAACCGUUUCUCUAGAUUCUUCCUUGUUACUGUGAAUCUUUCUUAAUCGCAUCUGCUUGGUUACUGUGAUUACACAUGGCCACCGCUGAACCUGACGUUUCGGUUACUGAGCAGCCACCGGAAGCAGAAGAGCCAAAGCCGGCGGAGAAGCCUGUCAAGGAGAAGAAACCCAAAGCUCCGAAGGAGAAAAAACCAAAAGUUCCAAAGGAGAAAAAGAGUAAGCAACCAAAAACUGCUGCUCAUCCUCCUUAUUUCCAGAUGAUUGAGGAGGCGCUGCUGGCUCUAAACGAGAAGAGUGGUUCGAGUCCAUACGCUAUAGCCAAGUAUAUGGAAGAGAAGCACAAGGCGGUGCUUCCAGCGAAUUUCAGGAAAAUUUUAGCUCUUCAGCUUAAAAACUCAGCUGCCAGAGGCAAACUGAUAAAGAUCAAGGCCUCUUACAAGCUCUCCGAGACUGGAAAGAAGGGGAAAGCCACUGCUACAAAAGGUAGAACAGAGAAGAAAUCUAAACCAGCUGUAAUGCCGCAGAAAUCUGAGGUAGCAAAGAGGCCAGCAAAGAAAGUUGGUGCUAAGAAGAAAUCAACUCCUGCGAAACCUAAGCAGCCUAAAUCCAUCAAGUCACCUGCUGCCAAAAAAGCCAUGAAGGCCACCGCUUAAAACAAGUGUAGAAACUAGAAAGUUUUCAGGUUUUAUGUAAUCAGGAAGUUUCUUUGUGAAUAUAGAACUUUGUUUGCUUUGGGUUUUACUUCUAGUUUGGUAUUAAGAGGUGAAUAUGUGUUUUGUAUGAGUUGAAUUUGCACAAGGGCUGGCAAUCCCAUACUUCUAUGUGUUGAAAUGGCGAUGAAGGUUACAUACCAUGAUCCCAAAAUUCAGGGGAGGUAGAGAUGGGCCUCUCGUGGUGGAUCAAUGGGCAUGAAGUCUGUUUGAUAUAUGUCCUUUUAUUCUUAACAUUUUUUGUCUA